AUGCCUCCCCUGACCACCUACCUCACCCUCAUAGCCCUAACGGCCCUAACAUCCACCACCUGGAUCCCCCUCCCCUUCCUCUCUUUGAUAACCACAUCAACCCUCACAACCGCAUAUCCCACCACCACCAGCCCCAGCACCAGCCUCGACGCCAUCCUCACCAGCAUCACCACCCUCGCGACCGACUACACAACCCUCAACACCGCAAUCAACCACUUCAACGGCACCCAAACCCAAUACUUCCAGAUCCUAGCCUGCGAACUCACCGUCGAAACAUCCAUCCAACACGUCAUCGCAGUAACCACCACCUCAACGCCACUCGACACCCAUCAAAGCCAGCAGGUCUUGGAGGCGCUGAAACUCCCGUAUCCGGGUUUUAUGCGGGAUGUGUUGGGGGAUGUGGCGGAUAAGGCAGAAUGUUUUGCGGAGGUUGGGAGGACGGAGGAUGUGAUUGCUGUUCUGAGGACGUUGAAGGAAUUGAGUGAUGAGUUGGUGGAGGCGGUGCAGGGGAAGGUGGUGGAGCGUGUAGCGGAGGAGGUGGGGAGUGGUAAGGUGUGGGUGGAUGGGUUGUUUGAGGAGACGAUUCGGUGGAUGAGUAUGAGUAUGAGUUAG